GUAGACUCGUUUUUUAUGUUUUUUGAAAUUUUUUUUUUUUAAUCGAAAAGAAACCUACUCGGGUGUGGUGUAGCUCGCCGGAAAUUAUGCAUUGACGACGACGAUGGGAUGCAACCCCAGCAAAGACGGCGAGCCGAUAGUGGGCAAUCGGAUGCAAAACGAGGUGUCCCCCGUGCAGUUGGUCAACAACAGCGGCGGCGGCACUAACCUAGUGCCAUCGGUCGACAUGAUGCUGAUACCGUUGACCGAGGAUAACGAGGAAACCCGAGGAAGCUCAAACAGUAGCAGCAGCAGCAGUAGCAGCAGCAGCGACAAGAGCAACGGUAAAGAAAGGUCGAAAACUACCCAAGACAAAACGAUGAAAACCUCAGAGGAAACAGUAGAUUUCGAGAAGGAGUUCCGACCGGACGAUACGGAACUGUGCCACGCUGCAACGAAAAUACAGGCAUCGUUUCGCGGCCACAUGACUCGCAAACAACAAGCUGCCGGCGGCAAAGACGAACCUGGUGCUGCCGGAGGUGCCGGUUCUGCGGUUGACGGUCUGGAAUCGCAGCUAAAGAACGUCGACAUCAAUAAGGAAUUGAUGGAUCAAGAACUGUUGGACGUGGACUUGGCUGAUCCCGAAUUGCACAAGGCGGCCACCAAGAUCCAGGCUUCGUUCCGCGGUCACAAGGCCCGGAAAAGCGACGACGUCAAGCAAUAAGACAAUACAACAAACGUUAUAUCAUCGCCGCCUAUCGUUGCUCUUUCGUCGUUGUGCAAAAUUCCCAACUUUCCUCCAAAGCAAUCCCUCUAACGAAUAUUAUUAUUAUUAUUAUCAUCGAUACCCACUAUGUUAUAAUUAAUUUUACAAAAAUAAAACCCACCCGGCGACAAAAGGGGGGGGGGGACAGAGGGCUCGACAGCGUCUUGCUCCUGGUCCUAUUUUAAUUCUUAAAAAAAAACUACCUAAUUUUUUUUAAUUCAUAAAGUUCGAAGUGAUAGAUUGUCUUUUUUUUUUUAAUUACUACCAGUUAGCGUACAGCUACUUUGGCUUCUCUCUCUCUCUCUAACCCUUUACCCUUUCGCACUAGUCAUUUACCUUAACCCCUUAUCCACCAUCAUUUCCUCCCCAGCCUCCAAAACAAUUCAAUACACAGCAAUAUCACAGUGUUACCGUCGUCGUCGUCACCAGAGUAAUAACCAGAAUAAUUAUAUAAUACAAAACUCAAAAUAUAUAUUUUAUUUAUAUGUAAAAAUGUCAAAAAACAAUAUACGAGAACACAUUUCGAAACGCGCACAACAAAAACGAUAAUAAUCAUAAUUUAAAAUAUAAAAAAAAACCGUUAGAAUAUUUUAAAUGAAAUAAAAUAACAAUUGCGGCCAAUUUUCAUAAAAAAAAAAAACAAUAA